AUUUUAUCGUUUAAAAAAAAUAAAAAAAUUAGUCUACUUGUUUCUUUGUCUGCAUUACUACAAGUGCUCACAACGGCGAUGGACAGUAGCGGCGGAGCCACCAUAGGAAACUGGACGGAGAUGGUAGAAGACCUUGUGCAAAGCGGAGAAAUCGACCGAGCUGUAUCUUUUCUCGAAUCCGUAAUCUCCAAUCUCGAAAAUGAAUUGGAAAAAGAACAGCUUCAAAAUAAAAAUGGUGAAAAAUUCGGGUCUUGCACAGCUGAUCGGUUGUGCACUGCUCUUCAAGACCUUUCGAGGCUUUAUGCAGCUCAAGGUUUACCUCUAAGAGCCGAUCAGACACAAUCGCGUGCGCUCCAAAUCAAACACAGAAAACUGCUAAGAGAUGAACUUUCUAUUUUCCUGGGUGAAUCUCACCCUACCCAUGUGAAAAUUUCCCACAUGAGGGAGUUGGGUGCAAGAAAGGGUUCUUCAUCCAACGAGAAUGCUGAAGAUCGGAUUUCACAAGAUGGUGCUACUACUUUGGACGGAAUUGCUGAAGAUGGAUUGAGCGAGAGUUCUUCAAAUCUUCACUCUGAUGGCAUCCAACAUGACAGCGGCGGAGAUGAUGACUGGGAAGCUAUUGCGGAUCGUGCUCCAGAGGAGUUACUUUCUCCUCAGUGUUUGCCUGGUAUAUCCAAACUCUCUCUCGAGGAAUCAAAAUCUCAACAAACUAAAAGACGAGGACGGGGAACAUUUGCAUACAAGAAGCAGGGCCUAUACAGUGAUAACCCGUCUGAUGAGCCCAUUAUUGAUGAUGACUCUGAAGAUAAUUCUGUGGGUCAUGCGGAAGAUGCAGAAAAAAGAAACUUAUUGUAUGGUACACGCCAUGUCUUGGUUCUUGCCGACUUCCCUCCAAGCACUAGAACAACCGACCUCGAGAAAUUGCUCAAUAAAUUCAAAGAUCUUUUUGUGAUUCGCUGGGUAAAUGAUACAACCGCAAUCGUGGUGUUUAGAACGCCAGCUGCCGCUCUCGAGGCUAGAAACUCCAUCGAAUGCCCGUUUACGGUUCGUGCACUCGAAGAAGAUGAUGAACUCUUGAGUUCAAUACCACCAAAAGCUCAUCCUAGUGUUAAAAAUAAUUUAACGGUAAUACUGGAAACAUGA